CUGAAGUGUGCGACCGUCGGCCUAUAUAUAGUUGGAAGGCUCUCCCCGGGGGCUGUCUUUUCUUUCAACCAUCAUCGGCCUGUCCUGCCAUAACGCAUAUUCCCAGACAGACUAUAAACCUUUUCCUGGCGACGGCUGUUUCAUUUACCAUCAUGCAUUUUCUGCUCCUCUUGUUGUUGGGGUUGUUACAGUUGGUGUCUGCAGCCAGGUCCGGCACCUAUUAUGCUGGUUGGCCUGUCGGUGACAGCACAUGGAAGGCUACCGAUUCAGUCUUUCAGCGAGAGACCGGCAUCGCCAGGUACCGCUUGUUCCAGGCCGACGGAAUCAUUUACAAGUAUCAGCUCGAUUUUGACGUGACCGAGAGACAAGGCGAGUACGCAAGUACCUAUGUGUUUUACGACUCGGAAGGAGACGAGUACUACAAGGUGGUCUUUGCCACCGGCACCCAUACCCUCAACUAUAAUAGUGGAGACCCCUAUAUUCAGCAGGUCAAGGUUGUCGAGGAUUAGAAUAACCUCCUUGUCGUUGAAGACUGGCAGGGGGAAUACUAUGCUUGAAUUAGGCACCCUACAAUCCUGGCACAUGUCAUAAGGAGGAUAUGCAUUAGUGCUUGGUAAUAGUUGGGUUUAGUAAGAUGAAAGGCUACUUUUGGGUGGGAAUCUGAGGCGGAAUGUUGGCUAUAGUGAAAGAUGGGCUCGGAAGUAAUGGAAAUUGAGGGAUGGAGCGCAGUUGAGGGGAUGGGUAAUGAUGGCGAUUAUAGCAACGCAGCGGAAAGUCACCUGUUCUCAGAUUGUAGUAUUGCAAAUCCAAUGAGAAUUUCAGUGUCGCCAG